UCAAGUUUCACGAAGUAAUGUUUGUAGUAACGCGGCAGUGGUUCAGUGCAGUUGUGCUAUCUGUGUAUCCUUAAUAUAAAUUGUGCUGCAGUGGAAGUCGUUUACUUAACGGAUAAGAAUAUAAUGCCGUGAAGAAACAAAGUGAAAUAAUAACACCAUAUAAAUGCCUUUUAUUUUGAUAAUUCAAUUUCUUCAUUUUCAACUUUGUGUCUCUUAUUGAUAUAAGAAACUAGCAGUGAAAGUGGGCUACAGAAAAAAGAUCAAUUAGAAUCAAUUCGAUUCAAUUUGCACAUAUACAUAUGUAUGUAAAUCUUAAUGCGCACAGUUCUCACAACGCAUAUGAACAUAAAUACAUACUAACAAAUGAGUGCAUUUAUGUACAAAAUUAAACUAUAAUAUUGUGCACGAGCAACUUUUUUACUGUUAGCAGAAUAUUCGAAAUAAAUGAAUAGUACAUAUUGUUUGUUUCAAAAUUUAUAUAAAACAGUUUUUUUCAAAUAAGCUUUCACAAUGACUGAUGAAAGUUUACACACAAUACCGCUGGAGCACAACAUUGACUAUCACAUUAUGUCACUUUUCGAACGUUUGGAAGCGAUGCGAAAAGACACGCAUGGUAAUGCGAUCAACAACCGGCUCUCAAGCACCCUGCAACCGAAACGCAAUAUGCAGGGAGAAAUACGGACUUUGGAAUUCUGGAGAUCGAUCAUCAGUGAAUGUCUGGCAUCAUUUUUCUACGUUUUUAUCGUUUGUGGGGCGGCAGCCGGUGCGGGGGUAGGUGCCAGCGUUUCAUCGGUGCUGCUGGCAACCGCUUUGGCUUCUGGAUUGGCAAUGGCAGCAUUAACUCAGUGCUUUAUUCACAUAUCAGGUGCCCAUAUAAAUCCUGCCGUUACGUUGGCAGCAUGCAUCAUACGCGCCAUAUCACCAAUUCGUGCUGCCAUGUAUAUAACGGCACAAUGUGGUGGCGGCAUUGCAGGAGCAGCAUUGCUUUAUGGUGUUACCGUGCCUGGUUAUCAGGGAAAUCUACAAGCAGCAAUAUCUCACAGCGCGUCAUUGGCCGCCUGGGAACGAUUUGGAGUGGAAUUUAGUCUGACUUUUGUCGUUGUACUCACAUAUUUCGUUUCAACCGACUCCAUGAAGCGUUUUAUGGGCAACUCGGCCAUUACAGUGGGGUCUGCGUAUAGUGCGUGUAGUUUUGUUUCUAUGCCUUAUUUGAAUCCAGCUCGUUCGCUAGGCCCGUCUUUUGUACUUAAUAAAUGGGAUAAUCAUUGGGUCUAUUGGUUUGGACCACUUGUCGGCGGCAUUGCAUCCGGCUUGCUAUUCGAAUAUGUAUUCAGUACACGCCGAAACUCACGUACACACAAACCAAAUGCUGAUAACGAGUCUUCCUCUAUACAUUCCGAAGAUGAACUCAACUACGAUUUAGACGUUGAAAAACCACAUAUGCCUGCUAAAUACCCUCAGAGUACAUAUCCACGUGGACAAGCAAGCACAAAAACGGCGGUCGCAAGUAAUACUGGCACUAUUCCAGGUGGAGUUAACUAUUGUCAGAAUUUGUACACGGCACCUCCCCUUAAUAAAUUUGAUCAGCCAGAACCACUAUAUGGUGGCACACGUUCCCUAUAUUGCCGCUCUCCCACACUCACACGUACAAAUCUGAACCGUUCACAGUCUGUAUACACCAAGAGUAACACAGCUAUUAAUCGGGAGAUUGUACCUCGUCCGGGCCCGUUAGUACCAGCACAAAGCUUGUACGGUAUGCGUAUGACACAGCCACAAACCCAGGCUCAGUCAUCACAUUUACAAAAUCAGAAUGUACAAAAUCAAUUGCAGCAACGUUCAGAGAGCAUAUACGGUAUAAGGGGAUCAACAAGGCAAUCCCAACAGCAGCAGCAGCAACAGCAACAGCAUCAACAACAGCAACAUCAACAAUCUCAUCAGCAACAGUCACAACAACAGCACCAACAUCAUCAGCAACAACAACAACAUCAUCAACAACAACAACAGCAACAUCAACAGCAACAUCAACAGCACCAUCAACCAGCACAACAAUCACAACUUCACCAACCCCAACCCACAAAUCAAGAUGGUCAACAGGGCUUUCAGCCUGUAUAUGGUACACGUCAUAACCCCAAUCCACUCGAUGGUAAUCUUAAAUACGAUCGUCGGCCUGAGUCGGCGUACGGCAUGGCCCUACAUCGGAACCGUGGCCAAUCGGCACAAUCGGAUGACAGUUCCUAUGGAUCAUAUCAUGGCUCAGCAGUAACCCCACCAGCACGUAAUCCGAAUUCUGGCGAAGCGAUUCUCAUGUAUGCUCCACCGCCACCGAUGCCAUCGAGUCAUUCCCAAGUCGUUGCGCCACCACCCAUUCGUACGCAAUCGGAGCGCAAAGUAACAGCACCAAUUGUCGUGUCUCAGCCACCGCAAAUAACAACUGGUGUAGUUACAUAUACUGCGAGUUCCGGUCAAGGUAUGCCACCACCUCAACAGACAUCGCAACAACAACCUCAGCAGCAACCACCACCCCAGCAACAGCAACAAUCGCAACAACAACAAAUCCUCAUUCAGCAACACCAAUCUUCCCAACAACAACAUUAUGGAGUAUUACCAAUGCGGACCAAUUGAAAUAGGCGCUUGAGCGUUGGCAACGCCAAGAGUUAUCAAAUUGGAAGUGUAUAGGGUAAAUGCUCGAGACUUAUACAUAUGUAAAUAAUGAUUACGACAAGAAUUUAACGUUAAUUUUUUCGGUUUAGGCUGUGACAAUUGUUACAAAAACAAAUUGGACUAUGCCGUCAUAUUGUGACGAAUUUCUUUUGAGUUGAGAAGAGAACAGAACAGCAUGUAAAUUGUAAGCAAAAACGUAAGCACUUUGAUUAAUUCGUGAAAUAUGCUUAAUUUAUCAGUUUAUCGUGAAAAAGUUUAAGGUAAAAAAGAAUUUGCGAUUUUAUUUUUUAUAUAUGUAUGUACAUACAUAUGUAUGCAUUGAAUAAUUUUAUUCGGACCUUUUGUACAUUAUUGAGCACACUUUUGACAAUAUAUGUAGAUAAAAAAAAGAUCACAUUAUUUUUCCGUAACGUUAUUCUAUUCAUUACAGUAAAUUUUGUUUCACUAUAACCUAAUAAAUUAAGUAUAUUUCUCGAAUUAACAAAAGCGUUUUCAUUUUUGUUUACAAUUUAUAUUCUGUUGCAUCUUCUUCUCGACUUAAAGGAUUACAUAUGUACAUACAUACAUAAGUACGUCACAAGAUGGCGGUUGACAUAAUCUUGUAUUCUUGUAUGUAUAAAAAUUCGCUAUACUUGUAUAUGUGUGUAUGUAUCAGAGAACUGCAACGAGUAAUAAAUUUUCGUUUAUACUUAAGUACUGAUCCGUUACUCUGUCUGAUUCUGUCAGUUCAGUUCAUGUACAGGAAGCGCACUGUUUGUCUUCAAAUCAGCGAUAGAGAACAACUUUGAAUCACUAGCGAUCAGCUUAUACCUGAUUUGUUUAUGACCGUUCGUAUCAGCAGAAAAUACCCGAAGUGAUGCAAACUCAUGCUUCAAUAAUUGAAAUGAUCGACAAAGUUCGGUUUGUAUAUCAUCCCCUAAACACUGAUUUACUAGUGCACUUUUGUUCUAUUUCAAAUACACAUACUUGUAUAUACAUGUAUGUAUGUAUAUACAUAUGUACAUAUAUUAUAUGUCUAAUGGAAAUUCCAUCGAGAACGUACAUACGAAACAAAUGUAUGUAUAUAUAUAUGUAUGUACAUUCUCGAUGGAUUUUCCAUUGUUUACGUUUCGAAAAUUUGUAACAUGCGCACAUUUUCAAAGCUGAUACAUUUUUUGCCAUACAUGAUUCAAAUCAGUCCAGCAGAAAAUUGUUGUUUGCUGUAUUCAUAGAUUUACUCAUAGAUUAACUCGUAGAUUUACUUAUAGUUUACGCAAAGUUUCACUUCAAUUCAAACAAUCGUCGCAACGCUAUGAACUGACAUGAUACGAUUGCAACCGAAGCCAGCCAUACCGCUUACACGAUCGAGUUGCAUCAGGUCAGUUGAUGCUGCCGGCUACUCGAAUUGAUUAACAAUGUCGUCUAUGCUGAACUGAAUUGAUUUGAUUGUGUUUUUGGCACGACUGUUUGUUCUGAUUUUAUCAUACUCGUUAGAGCUCUCUGGUAUGUAUACACAUACAUACAUACAUAUACGACUGCUUACUGUACGGCAUGUGCAUCGUAUAUUUCAAUAUAAGGCAUAUUGCCUGGACUGUUUUAAAUUGUUGGAGAUUGAUUUUUUAUACGUAUCUAGUUUUUAACUCUAGUUUUAUUUCGCAAUUUGAAAUAUUUUUAACUUAAAGACUUUAAGGAAAAUGCAUAACAUUUAUACUUAAUUGAAUUAAAAAAUAUAUUUUUAUUUAUAGUGCUUUAGUUUGAAUAAGGUAACUAAUAGUUACAUAAAUAAAAUAUUUUGUAUGUAGAAAUGUUAAUUUUAUUGUAUUAUUAAAAAUAAGUACAAGAAUUCUAGUAGUGUAGGAAUGAAUUAUUGGCUGUAAGUUUAUAAUAAAAUAAUACUUAGAUAUACAUAUAUAUAUAAGUACAUAUACUCAAAACACGUAUACUAAUUUACAUACAAACAUAAGUAUAUUUAUAAAAUUUUUACGUACAUGGAUUCUGUUAGAUCUCCAAUCGGAAUUCGUCAAUAAAAUGCAAAUACUAUAUAAAUCCCAUAUUUACUAUUAUUUUUGUGUAUGUACCGUAAAUAAAACUGAAUUGAUAGUCUAGUCAA